GCAGCGUUUGGUUUCACCAAGGACUAUAUAAAGGCGAGAACCACCUCCCUUGGAUCACUUUCUUCCAGUGUGACCAUCGGUGCGUCAUGGCUCCGCUUAGACUGAUCCUGCUGGUAGCGGCGACCUGCGUGCUACUAGCGGAGGCUCGUCCCCGCUACCUGCUGCUGGCCCUGCCUGACUCCCCCUUAGUGCGGCACACACGCUCACUGCACCAGUAUCGCCAGCCCGCCAAGCCCACCCCUCUCCAAGCCUACGAGGAGUAUGUCCCAGUGCAAGUGAUAGAAGAGAAGUCCCCUGAGCAUCUGGCCCAGGCCUCGGAACUGUACCACCACCACGCUGAGCCUUACGACAAUAAUGACCAUGUGGACUACGGCGCCUACACGGGAGGGUACGGAGCCUUCGGAUGGUACUCAGACCACCCCGUGUGUACCAACUGCGGCCUUUACCACUGAGCAUCACCUCUGCUGCCCCCAUCGCUUCCAUCAACAUUCCAUUUACCAAGAUUCCUCCGUGGAAAUCUCAUUGUAAAUCAUUCUUCUCGUGAUGAACUUCCCCAACGUGACCUAACCUAACCAGAUCUAAUGGAGACUAAGUUAAUUUAUCAUGCAGUAAUCACUGAGAAAAUCUUAUGCGUGGAAUGUUCAUGGAAGCGAUUCACCAAGAGGAGCUGAAGGUGCAGAACAUCCUACCACCGCAGCACACCACCGCUGCCCCGCCCCCUGUACACCACACCACCAAAUCUAGUCCGCUAUAUUUAGGCAACAUUUCACUCUUGAUUUGUUCAUUGUUGUCAUUAAAUUAUUAUGUUGUUCAGUAAUAAAGUUUGUGUUUUCGU